AUGUCCGACGCCAAUCUGCCCGAACAGAAAGUCGCGGCUCACGUCGCCACCGAGAAAGUCGAGGAGGAACCCGAGAUGCUUCUCCGAUUUUCCUCGCUGCACCGGCUUCUACGGGUCACAGCAUGGUGCUCUCGCUGGCGACGCACCGCUUCCCGCACCACCACACUCACGUUGCGAUCGGACGAGAUCGACAACGCACUGAUUCUCUGGCUCCGUGUGGUGCAAGCACUGCACUUCGCCUCCGAGAUCACAGCACUUUCAACAAACCGCACUGUGUCACAUCGAAGUUCAUUGGCGAGCCUGAGUCCGUUCUUGGAUGACCACGGAGUUCUGAGAGUCGGAGGCCGCCUCAAGCAUGCCAUGCUUUCCACCGAUGAGCGACAUCCGAUGAUCGCACCUCCGUCCUCGUGGCUCACUCGGCUGCUCAUUGAGUCGUGCCACCGUCGAACUCUGCACGGAGGAGUGCAGCUCACCCUCGGCUUGCUCCGCCUCCGCUUCUGGAUCCCUCGAGGCCGCUCAGUUGUCAAACAGCGGCUGCAUCGCUGCAUCACCUGCACCCGCUGGCGAGCCGCGGCACCGCAACCGCCGAUGGGCAACCUCCCGAGGGGCCGAGUCACGCCAGCGCGCCCAUUCCUCCGGACCGGCUUGGACUACGCCGGCCCGAUCCUCAUCCGCACGAGCAAAGGCCGCGGACACCGAGCGCACAAGGCGUUCAUCGCCGUAUUCGUGUGCCUCUGCACCAAGGCGGUGCAUCUGGACGUCGUCUCGGACUACACGACGGAAGCCUUCCUCGCCGCCUUCCAUCGCUUCAUCUCCCGUCGGGGCCUCUGCGAGGAACUGUAUUCGGAUUGCGGCACCAAUUUUGUGGGAGCCGACCGAGUCCUGCGAGAGCUCUUCCGAGCAUCAUCUGCCGACGGCCGUCGCCUUGCCCACGUCGCUGCCACGGAAGGCGUCAAAUGGCAUUUUAACCCGCCGGCUGCACCGCACUUCGGCGGAUUGUGGGAGGCUGCCGUCAAGUCGACGAAGUUCCAUCUCCGUCGGGUCAUUGGGGAGAUUACGCUCACCUUUGAGGAAAUGAGCACUUUCCUCGCUCAGGUCGAAGCCUGCCUGAAUUCCAGGCCGCUGCAGGCUUUGUCCGACGAUCCGGACGACAUAUCCGCCCUCACUCCAGGACACUUCUUGAUCGGCGCUCCUCUUCUGGCCGUGCCCGAACCCGCCUUGAAUGACGUCGCCGGGAGCUCACUCUCACGGUGGCAACACCUCCAAAAGAUGCGCGAUCACUUUUGGUCACGGUGGUCGCACGAGUACAUCAACGGGAUGACAUCUCGCUCAAAAUGGACCAAACCCGAGGACGCACCUGCCGUCGGCUCUCUGUGCUUGGUACGCGCCGAAAGCACGCCACCGAGUCGAUGGCCGCUGGCCCGCAUCAUUCGAGUGCACCCCGGCGACGAUGGCAUUGUUCGCGUGGCGACAAUCCGCACCUCAACGUCAGAGCUCGUGCGACCGCUGUGCAAGCUCGUGCUUCUCCCGGGGGCUGAGGACCAGCCGCCGCCGACGGAUGCGUGA